AUGCACAUUCGCGCCGACCAGCAAGCACCGAGGAUGGUCGAUCAACGCGGCCGCCUGCUCUGGCCAACGAAUCGCACGAAUCGCACGAAGCGCCCUCGACUGGAUGCCGACAUACAUACCCCGAAGAAGCGCAAGCUCAACCAUCCCUCCGUUCCUCCCCCCCAGUUCUGGGACAACCUCUCGCGGCCAGUCUUUACUCGAAACGCGUUACGAGAGCUCGAUCGUCGCAACGGCAUACGCGAUCAAAGUCGAACCCACACGAUACAUCGAUGGUACAAUACACGCAGCGCUUUCUCGGCGGCGCCCGGGGCUCCUACACAGACUCCCCUUCAGUUGUCUCCGACAGGUCGGGCGCAGCUCAAACUCUCGGCUAGCCACGGCGGCCCGGACCUACGAGACCUCGGAGGAUACCGCCCCCCCUCAAAGCACGCUCGACAUGUCCCGGAGCCAGUCGAGUCUCGCACGGGGCCAUACGACUGCGCUUUCCACCAACACCUAAUCCAUGGAAACAUAUUUCCUCCCCGAUAUGAGUACCCCAAUGGAGACAGAGUUGCCAAACCCGAGAAUAUAGAGGACAUAAGGAAAGCAUUUGCACAACCCAGGAAAUCCUUAUCACCCAGCCGAUUUUCCGAAGAGGAGUUUGAGAAGUUCGAACGUGCAGACGCCCAUGCAACAACGGAGAGCCGGGUGGUUGCGACUGUGAUUCCGAUCAUCGAAGGAGAUAACGGUGAUCUGAGGGCUGUCGCAAGCGAUGUUGCAUUCACAGGCCUCGACCAUUUGACUGAUGGAUCGCUGGUCAGUACCAAACCAGAUUUAUAUUACGGUGCCCGGCCGGAACAGCUGCAAAAGGAGGUCCGAGAAGCACUCAGCAACUUGAUAAUCCCUUCGACUCAAGACGAUCUACCAAUAGCGCCAAACAAUUUCCUAGAGGUCAAGGGACCAGAUGGUUCUCUGUCCGUGGCAACUCGGCAAGCAACUUACGACGGAGCCCUCGGCUCCCGGGCGCUUCACGCUCUACAGUUCUACGGGACCGAGCAAAUACAUGAUAACAAGGCCUACACCCUCGCAUGGACAUACCAUGGAGGCCAUUUAAAGGCUUACACAAGCCAUCCUAUCCCGCCAUCGACCCCCGAAAGGCCAUCUGGCUAUGCUAUGACUCAGUUGAAGGGUUGGUCCAUGACAAGUGAUGUUGAGACGUUUCGUCAAGGAGCUGCUGCGUACCGUAACGGUAAGGACCGGGCUAAGCAGCAACGAGACGAGGCCAUUGCGCAGGCAAAUAAGACCACCUCGUUGACGGCCGUUGCUCAACCGCUAAAUUAG